AUGCAACAACCGAUGAUAAUUAUUCUUAAAGAAGGUACAGAUUCUUCACAAGGCAAAUCGCAAGUACUAUCCAAUAUUAGUGCAUGUCAAGCUGUUGCUGAAGCUAUUCGAACAACAUUAGGUCCACGUGGUAUGGAUAAAUUAAUCGUUGAUAGUCAUAGCAAAGCUACGAUUUCAAAUGAUGGUGCAACCAUUCUCAAAUUACUUGAAAUUAUUCAUCCAGCAGCACGCACGCUUGUUGAUAUAGCUAAAUCACAAGACGCUGAAGUUGGUGAUGGUACAACAUCAGUUGUUCUAUUGACAGUUGAAUUAUUGAAAAAUUCAAGAACAUUCAUUGAAGAUGGAAUGCAUCCAACAAUUAUUAUUCGUGCUAUACGUAAAGCAACAGCAUUAGCAAUUAAGAAAAUAAAAGAAAUUGCUGUUCAUAUUAAAGUCGAUGAUCCUAAAGAACAACGAGCUUUACUUGAGAAAUGUGCUCAAACAACAUUAAGUUCAAAAUUAAUUGCACGACAACGAGAAUUCUUUGCAAAAAUGGUUGUCGAUACUGUUCUUAUGUUAGAUGAUUUACUACCAUUAAACAUGAUUGGAAUUAAAAAAGUCAUCGGCGGUUCACUUGAGGAAUCUUGUCUUAUUUCUGGUGUUGCAUUUAAAAAGACGUUUUCUUAUGCUGGUUUUGAAAUGCAACAAAAAAAACUUUUAAAACCUAAAAUAGCUUUACUUAACAUUGAACUUGAACUUAAAGCUGAACGUGACAAUGCAGAAAUUCGUCUUGAUAAUGUUGCUGAAUAUCAAAAAAUUGUCGAUGCUGAAUGGUCAAUUCUCUAUGAUAAACUUGAAAAACUUCAUCUAGCUGGUGUUAAAGUAGUACUUUCUAAAUUACCUAUUGGUGAUGUUGCAACACAAUAUUUUGCUGAUCGUGAUAUGUUUUGUGCCGGUCGUGUACAAGAAGAUGAUCUUAGACGUACACAAAAAGCAUGUGGUGGUGCAAUCAUAACAACAGUCGAAAAUCUUAGUGAACAAACACUUGGUACUUCCGAAGUAUUCGAAGAAAUUCAAAUUGGCUCUGAACGUUAUAAUCUUUUUACUGGUUGUCCUAAAGCUAAAACAGCGACCAUGAUUUUACGGGGUGGAUCGGACCAAUUCAUUGAUGAAGUUGACCGUUCAUUACAUGAUGCCAUUAUGAUCGUACGACGUGCCGUUAAGAAUGAUUCAAUUGUUGCUGGUGGUGGCGCAAUUGAAAUGGCAUUAAGUCGUACUUUACGAGAUUUCAGUCGAACUGUAGCAGGCAAAGAACAAUUAAUUAUUGCUGCAUAUGCCAAAGCAUUUGAAGUUAUACCAAGACAAUUAUGUGAAAAUGCUGGAUUCGAUGCAACAAAUAUUUUAAAUAAACUUCGACAAAAGCACGCUGAAAAUAAUAUUUGGUAUGGUGUUGACAUAAUGCGUGAAGAUGUUAGCGACAAUUUUAAUGCAGCUGUCUGGGAACCAGCUGUUGUUAAAAUCAAUGCAAUAACAGCAGCAAGUGAAGCAGCUUGUUUAAUUCUCAGCGUUGAUGAAACAAUUAAAGUACCAAAAUCAUCGGCCGAGCCAUCGAACGCUGCGAAAGCAAUGAAUAUGGCAUAA